UCUCUUCUUCCUCAUUCUUUGUCUUCUCAUUCGCUACCAGUAUCGUCAUGCCCUUCUAUGACUGUCACUUCAUCCAACAACGAUAUAGAAGUACCUGAUGUUUGGGACUUGGCAUUAAAGAGUAUGUCUGAUCCUCGGGUAGAAAUUCGAUCGUGGGAUAAGGGCGAGAGCAAACCGUAUUUAACAGAUGCUGAAUGUCAAGUCUUUGAUGCUGCGUACUUGCUGAGACAGAGGUACAUAGCCAAUAUGACUGACGUGACAGUUGAAUCAGUUUGCAUUGUGCCGGAACGGGAGUUGGUGAGAGCUGCUCGUUACGUCACUAUUGGAAUUUCGUCUCGUUUCUUUAGUCUGGACAAGCAAGAGUUUGUGGUGCAGUCCAAUGUGACAGUUUCCGGUCGCAGUCCAGUUAGCCUUCGCAAGUUGCUACUUCAAUUUGCUGCUACUGGCACUCGCUAUGUACACUUGCAUGCCAUAGCAUCAUACUACAGCCAGAUAGGUGACCAGAGCGGAGGUCUGGUUCGGCAGGCAUUUGGUCUUGCUCUGAGCGAAUAUCUUGAAGAAUACAGACAACGCGUUAUCAACCAGACCAAUGAUGAUGCGACAUUGAUGUUUCUCUCUGUUCGCUUUCGGUUGGUUGCCUACCAGCUGAGGUUUUUGCACGAGGUUUGUAUGUGUGGUCCAGAACACAACCCAGUCAACCCGGAAUUUCCUUCUGGUAUACGUCUGUUAUCGUAUCUGUUUGAACUUGCAAGAGACAAUAUCAGUUCUUCUCACUAUCUUGUUCUUUUGUCAUUUCUACAGUCAUCGUGUCAGCCGUAUUUUUUAUUUCUUCAGCGGUGGCUGUUUGAAGGUGUGCUGUUUGACCCUUAUGGUGAAUUUAUGAUCCAGAUGAAUGAACAGUACUUGGCAUUUAGGGACAAAAAUUACUGGACUUUGGGCUAUGUUGCUGCCAGUAAAGACUGUGUUCCUCUGUUCUUGUCUGAUCUUUGGAAAGCAAUUCUUACAUGUGGAAAGACAGUUAAUUUGCUAAAACUUUGUACUCGAGCAAAUCCACUGUGCAAUAUGAGCAUUUCGCCACCAAAAAUCUCUAUUCACUUCUCACUGAGACGUCUUAGAGAAGUUGAAGACACUUCAGUGUGGUAUGCAGAACAUUUAAGACUGCAAUUGGAGGAUGCUGGACAUCAGAGAGUAUUACUGCGUGAAGCAGAACAGAAAAUAAAACAUCAAGAAUCUUUGAACCAAAGACAAAAGAUGGCUGAAGCAAUAGAAAUGGAAGACGAACUGAAAGAGAAACAACGUGUAGAAGAUGAAUCCAAAAAAAGAGCCUUAUUUGAAACCUUGAAAAAGCAGAUGGAAGAAGAUAUGCAGCGUCGAGAUUCUAUAGAACAACAAAACAGAGAAGCUGAUUUGACUUGGAUGAAUCGGCUUUUGGCAAAAGAGGCAGCAGUUGAUGCAGCUAAAAGGGAGCUGGAGGAACACGUUCGGCAAGAACUGAUCGAACACUACGAGCAGCUUGCUCAAGAUGCAGCACGUCGUGAAGCUCGUGCUCUCUGGCAAGCAUCAAGAACAGCACUCAGUGAAGCUAGACGACAGUUUCUACUUGCAGACAUGAAUCAUUGGAAUACGAGAGAUGACGUCUCUGAUGCAACGUUACCACACAUACAAAGCCCAGAGAAAGGAGAAACAGCAAAAUUGGUGUCACCAGUUGAGACACUUAAUGAAACUAUUAGUGUUUCAACUGAGACCAUACUUGGUCAAACCAGGAAGAGCAAUCCUGUUGUAUACAGCCCUGUUGGCAUUAUUCCUGGUGUUUUUGCUGUAGACGAGGAUCCAAUCUCAUUAGAAGAGGCUCGUCGUCGUAUCGGAAUCGACAGUCCUAAUACAGAUGAAUCUGAAACUAUCAAGUCUGAUCAAGAUUCUGUAGAUACGAGUCAGCUUACAGAAAAUAUACAAUUGACACUUCCAUUUGAGUACGCAGAGGAUGCCAUUGAGAAUUCUUCUCACAGUAAGGACACAGCCACCACGUAUAGUAACCAUCCCACAGAAUCAAAAAAUAUACCAUCUUCUGGUGGCUGUGAUGAUAAUAACAGUGCUAUCGUAUCAAUUCUGGUUGAUAGACCUGAAUCAGGUAGAAGGCAAUGGAACAGUGACGGACAGAAAUUAUUUCCUAUGUCGCAAGAUGCCGUGUGUAUACAAUCACCGGUUCAAUCUGAUUUGGUGCAACCUAGCAGUAGAGGACACGAACCAUCUUCAGUUGUACAAGAUAUCAUGUAUUCACAGUCACAGGGUUUGCCAGAAGGUUCGAGAUUCAAUACGAGAGGAAUGCCUCCACCUUCUGUGGUACAAGACCUUAUAUAUGCAAAAUCAGAUGUGUUGUCUUCUGACUUUGCUGUAGCUGUCAGUAGAGGGCAAGAACCAUGUUCUGCAGGACAAGGUGUGAUAACAGAGUCACAAGUCUUGUCAGUUUCUUCAAGAUCAAGCAGUCAAGAGAUAUCUCAACCAUUUCAGUGUUCUUCGAUUGGCAACAAAACGUCGGAUGAGCCUGCUAACAUGGCAAACACUACAGAGACGCAGUCUUCUUCUGAUGAUGAAUUUCAUAGUGACGAGGCGGACAGGUUGGAAAGUGAUGGAUUUCAAGAUCGAAUUGUAUCAACACGGGGUCACGAGCCUCCAUCAGUUAUGCAAGAUAUUAUUUAUAGUCAGGACAGUCAAGCUGAGGUGUUUCGAACAACAAGAGGUCAUGCCCCGAAGUCUACAAUACAAAAUCUUAUGUAUCCAAAAGAUCUGUCACAGGAAAGUAGUGAGAGUUCUUUGUCACCACAUAUGGUAGAAUUUGAUGCAUUUAAUGAUCCUGUUAUCGCAUCUUUUCAAGGACAGGCAGAACCUUAUGAUGAAGGAGAUUCAUGGUUGGAUGAUCCAGCUUGCUCUGACUUAAUGGACAAAGUUAGAUUAAGAAGUGUUUCUUUAACAGAAACUGAUGAUGACCAUCUUGGUGCCUUGAAUUCUCUGUCUCUUCCUGAGCUGUUCAAUCGUUCAAUAGCUAUUCCAGUAGCUACACAAGUGUCUGUUGUAAACAAAGCCGUCGUUGCUUAUUUUAUUGAAGACCUCUGCAUUCAAGACCACUUCCAAGCAAUACGUCACUUUCUGUUACUUGAAGAUGGUGAAUUUGGGCACGCAUUAGCAAGCGGGCUCUUCUCGAAAUUGUCAUCGGGAAUCAGUUCUGCUGAUUUGUGUUCUGUUGGUGUGAUGAAUAACCUGUUGGCUGACUCACUUGGAGUGUCUCUUGGUGCAGGAUUUGACCAUAUGUCUUGCCUUAGCUUUUCACUCAAAUUCAGGCCACAAGCUCUAAAUCAAAGUGACAUUCGUGCUUUGGACUUUCUCGAACUUCGUUACAAGGUUCCUUGGCCUGUAAACAUCAUUAUUACAGAAACAGCAAUAACUAAAUACGGCAAGCUGUUUACUUUUAUGCUACAAUUGAAGAGAGCAACAUGGGCACUAAAAGAUCUGGGACAGCGCUUGAAGAGAAGCGGUCAGCAGAUGAAUACUCAAAACUGCGAACAGCUGCACAAACUCAACCUGUUUAGGCGAGAAAUGCAGCAUUUUGUCACUGUCAUGGAAGGUUACGUUGUCAACCAAAUUAUUCAUGUAAGCUGUCUUGAAUUUCAACAGGAUUUGAAAGAGGUCGAUGGAUUACACGGACUACGCGAAUGUCAUGCCACCUAUCUGAACAAAAUGUUGUAUAGGUCACUUUUGACGAAGAAGGCUGGUCCUGUGUUGAAGGUUGUACACGAUAUUUUGUCUCUGGUGUUGCAGUUUCACACGCAACUUCUGUCUGGUCACUGGCGUAUGAGAGGGACCCAUCCUGCAUUUGAUAAUAUGUGUCGUACGUAUGCAAGAUUCAAGGAAUUUUCAGGCUUUCUUUUUACUGUUGUUGCAAAACUUGUUGACCGAGGCUAUCAGCCACAUCUUGAAGAUUUGCUGCUACGACUGAACUUCAACGAUUAUUACAGUAAUCAAACAACAGCACGGUGACUGGUGACUUGAUAACAGUACGUGAGGAGCAAAUUUUACUCAUUUUUGUUGUUAACUUAAUCUUCAGAGGUGUCUGUGAGACGAUAUAAUAAUGGCAUUACAGUCAGACAUCUGUA